AUCUGGAGCCCUCAUGUAUGUUAUUAUAUUGACAUACAUCAUGCAGGAUUUAUGGUGAAUUUACCGCUUCAAAGUCAUAUGGUAACUUUAGCUCUCGAAGGACUCUAUGCUUUAAGCUUCCAGGCAGUGUUCAAAAUCAUAGCAUUGGAAACAAAUGUAAUUAUUGGUGAUUCUCAAAAAUACAUAAGCUUAUGUUUUUUUUCUCAUAUGUAUUUGCAAAUGCAGGAAAUUAUUUAGUCAUGCUUCCAAAGUUGUGGGGGCAAUGCCACCCCACUUCAAAGAUGGGUGUGGCCAACUGACCCCUCUGACCCCCAGUUCCAAGCCUAUGCGAUAUCACUGAAAACCCAUAUAAAUACACCAGAUACGGCACUCAAUAUCUUGGUUGAAGGUGAAGUCUGGAAAUUAUGGUUAGGAUGUUCAAAUUCAACUAUGCUUCCCUCCACCUAUGCACUGUAAUAUGGCAAGCCAUUUUCACAUAUAUGAAGAAAUUAAAGAUAUCUUAUGUCUUCUGUCUAAAGAUAUCAAUAAUGUUUUUUAAGAUAUCGGUAAAUAAUGCCGAAGGGGGUCAACGUUGUUGGCAGUACAGGUACUAUGAUAUGUACCCCAGGUGUUCCCUAAACAAAGUCAAAAUACAGAAACGUACCCGGUGCCCUAAACGGGAGAUGAGUCCAUAUUCCGAAAUCCAAAACCGAAACUUUGAUCUGUGUACUUGUUCCCAUUCAACUGACUGCAAGUGAAAUUGUGCAUUGUGAAACAUUCAUUACUGUGUAUGGCUGUUUCUUAUAUAACGCAACCAAAUAAAUCUAAUACAACAGUAUGACAGUUCGAUCAAGAAACGACACAGUGUGUAAUGGAAUCGCCCUAGAAUGCGUUUCUGUAUUCUGAUUUUGGGUAGGGUACGUUUCUGUAUGUACAGAAAGAGGAGCAGAUAAGAAGUUACCCCGAUUCCCACUAUCUACCAGGAAGAACAUGCUCCUGUUUUCCACAGAUGGCAAUCUUCGACACCUGAGCAACGCCUACACCUGGUUCUGUGAUGGAAUGUUUAAGUCCUGCCCGAAAGCUCUUCAAGAAGAUCUACACAAUACCUGCCCAGAAUUAGACCGAGAGAUGUUCCCUCUGGCAUACGCCCUUCGACCCGACAAGAAGCAGACGACCUAUGAACAUCUGUUCUCCACACUCAGUACCCGUUCCUCUGUUCCUGCGUCGCCGACAACAGUGUUCAUGGACUUGGAGACAGCAGCAUGGAAUGCAGGACUAGUGUUGUCAGUGUUUCCGGCCCUGAAGUUAAGGGUGUUUGUUCCACUAUACACAGUGUGUAUGGAGGCAUGCCCAAGAGACGUUCCCUACAAGAGGAACCCCGCUGUUCAUUCCUUUGUUAGAUGUGCUGCGGUGCUUCCCCUUCUACCAUCAACAGAGUUGAAGACUGUUGGUUCCUGACACUUGAAGACAGACCGUCAGAGGUGCCAGGUGUUGACAGGUUUGCAGAUUAAUGUCACAGACCAGUGGAUCAACAGAGACAAUCGGUCAUCCUGGAACCACUUUGAGAGGAACCACGUUGAGGGAUGGCACCACACGGUGAAUGGGAUGAUGAAGACACCACAUCCAAACCUGAACAAACUGUUAGCAACACUGCAGAGACUGCAAGCUGAGACUAAGACGAAGAUCAUUCAGCUCCAGUCAUCUGGGAGACUGAGAUACAAGAAACAGAAGAACCGCGAUCUAAAGACGAGACACAACAUGUGAAAAUUAACUUUGUCACCGGUCAGACAACCAUGGAGCAGUAUGCCGAUGCUUCAUCUCACUGUUUGCAUCUCUGAAUGCAUCUCAAAAUAUGGCUUAUUUGAUUUGAACAACUCAGAGGUAAUUGUUUGACAAGACAAGAACUGAUCACAGUUGAGCACUGAUGACGUCCCUGUCAAUGAUGCUACGCGUCACACUCCUAUUCAGCCUGUAUAUCCUCCAGGUGGUAGCCAACCAGUUCUCACCGCACCUGUUUCCUCCAACCGGACCCUACUUUGAGGGCUGGUACAUGAGACUACUGGAUGUCCAGUCUGGCCAAAGCAUCGGACUCCUGUUUGGUCAUGUGCUUCCAAACACAAGAACCGACUUGACCACUCCACUUGUAGCAGCUUCCAUCCUGUACAGUGGCGGGUGUUCCACAUGCAAAUUAAUGUCCUACAAUGGUUUCUUCAACAGAUCACAGAUGAGCAUUACAGUCAAUGGAUCUCCAGUUACUAAGGACCCUGAUGACAUUUCACCAGCAGUUUUUGAAUGGUCGACUGGAAAGAAUAUCUCCUUCAAUGUAAAAGAAAAUAGAACACAAUUUAACUUCCAGACAGAUAGCGCCAUAUUCCGAGGGGAAAUAUCUUCUCCCAUUCCAUGGGGUCCCAGAGGGAAGGGUCCAGAGGGCUGGCUAGAACAUCUGCCCCUCCCUCUCCACUGGUUUGUAUACAGUCUUCGCUCGAAGGUCAAGUGGUAUGAGUUUAGUGUACCUCAUCUUGGCCUCCAGGUGACUGGAAAGAAUGCUGUGGCUCACAUGGAGAAGAACUGGGGCAAAUCGUUUCCUCCUGCAUGGAUCUGGGCUCAGGGGGUCAACCCAACUUCAAACGUAAGUCUGUCACUGUCGGGAGGAAUUGUCAAAGAUAUCAUAACUGUAACAGCCUACUUGAUUGGCUACAGGAAUCCUGCCAAACAACUAACAUUGGACUACACGCCUGUUGACAGUAAAGUUGAAAGUAGCCAUGAUGGGUGUGGAGGCAGCGUGAAUCUGACGGCGAUUGGGUUGGUACACACUUUGCACAUCCACCUCAGUAGUGACCCAAGAGCCUUCAGUGACUGUUUAUAUGGACCAGAGACCACAGGGUUCCGCCGGGCUUGUGUUGAAAGCUACAGUGCCACGGCAGACAUCAUGGUGUUCAAGUACGGCAGGCUGAUUGAUAAACAACACAUCUCUCACUAUGCCUUAGAGUUUGGAGGCAAAUAUGUUUGUAAUGAGAAAUGUAGCUCAUAAUGCACCUAAUGUAUAUGUGGAAGUAUAGAACUGAAGCUGCCAUUGAGGUGCAAGAGGAUUAGUGGCUGCAGUACCAUCAAAUCCAACAGUGUCAUGUGGUUCGCAGCUGAUAAACAGUAAUAUUUCUGUGCCCUUAGAGAUACCACAUGCUAGUCAGGUAUGUACCAGAGGUCCAGAAACUCUCAUGAGACUCAUGAAAAUCACCACCCAUCCAACUGUGACUGACAUUCAUGAACUUUCCUUGAUUUGUUAUCCAUGUAUAAAAAGGUUUUCACGCAGUUGGUUGAAUUAUACGAAACACUUCCCGAAAGUCAGGCCGGUUUUCAGAAUGCUACUCUACAGUUGUCAUUAUGUGUACACUACAAUAUCUGUUGAAAUCAAAAGGAAGGUUUUCCUGCCUUUGAUUUGGUUAAUAAGGACCUGCUUUGGUUUGUUCUUUGCCUGAAUUCAUAGGAAAAUGUUUUCUAUUAUAAAGGACAUUUAUUCCAAAAUAUGAUACUGGGUUAAAAUUUCAAAGAACAGUAUAUCACAUUUGUUUAAUUAUCCCAGUGGUGUUAGACCAGGCUGCAUUUAAGUCAUCUUUUGUUUGUACUAUUUAUUACCCAGUUAGAGAAUGAUAUCCAACAGUCUGGUGGUAGAGGAACCUUGGUACACCAGGAUCUAAUGGAAUGAUUUUCACUUUUGUAUGCUUUUGUAUUUGUGCACUUUUUCAGAUAGUCCUUGAACUACAAAUAAAAUAGAUACCUUAAAACAGUUUGUGGCAAUUGGCUUUCAAAAGUAAUCUCAAUAAACCUGAAGUUUUAGUAUAUAGAAAUGGAGGCAAAUUAAGGAAUUAUGAGAAGUAGAAAUUGGGGACACACAUGUCAGGGUUUCUACAUAUUAUAGCUAUUUAGGCAUUGUGUUUUCAAAUAGAUUGUCUUGGUUUAUAUUAUUAUUAUUAUUAUACUACCGGUAAUAUUUGUAUCGCGCACCAACAUCCAGCUCAACCGGCUCAAAGGUGCUUUGUUUUCCCUCAAACACUGGAUGUUAAUCAUAUUACUGAUCAUAUUAUCAGUCUGAACUUUCUGGGGAUCAUACAACUCUUGCAGCCACUUGGUGCAACGAGUUAAUGUGGCAUUUCCAAUUCUUACCCAUUCACAGAUGGGUGGACUGGAACACAUAGGUUUUGGUUUUUCAGACAUUGGUGUACAAAGCUUGUAAAGCCCUCGUGCCUAUAAAACAACUUGCCUAUGUAUUUCUGCCUAUAUAUUUUUGCCCAUAUUUCUCCAAAGGUAUUGUUCAGAAUGUUUGACCUUCAGAUUAAACCUAUUAUUUAACAUCGUUACAUAACAAUGUUAAUGAAUGGGGUGUUAAUGAAUGGAUGUUUCUAUGAUGUUUCCAAGCAAUGUCUUGUAAAUUUGUUUUAUGAAUUGGCUUAAAGGUUGCAGUGUUAGGGAAAUGUGGUCAUUUGGUAAUCAUGUUGCUACUUUUACUAUUUACUAGAUGUAUGAAAUACUGGUAUAAACUCCUUCAUAUGUCUCAAGACAAAUAUCCUGCACAGUGUUAUGAUAUUUUAGUUAAAUUAAACGCAGUGCAGGUGCAACUGUGCCCAACGUAGAUGUUCAUUAUGUUUUACUAGUGUCAGAAUUGGCCAAAUAUGUAUACGUUGGGCACAGAGAGGGGCAGCAUCAACACUUGUAAGGUGUGGCAUGAGAAUUGUUUAUCUCUCGAGGAUUUGUAACGUUUUUUUCACCAGAAACUUCUGAACAAGUGUUGGUGGUUAUAGACAUGAAAUGGUGGUCAUUUGACCUCACACACAUGAAGGGUCAUGUGUUCACACACAGCGUGCUGCAUGCACCCCAGGUGGCUCACCACAAUAGAAAUGGGUGGAUGCGUCAGGUUAGACCUAGCCAUUGUGGUAUUUGUCAAUGAUGCCCAGUGUUAUAAUGGCUGACAUAACUCUAGUGUUGGGAAUUGGUUAAAAUCGCAUACAUGUAAUUGAUGAUUGGUUCAUUACAGCUGAUCAAUCAUCGGAAAUAUUUGGUUAGCGUCAUUUAUCAAAUUCUGUUGGUUAUCUUUGUUAAUGGACAUUAAAUAAAGAAAACACUUGUUCUUUUC